GCCAGGCGCCCUUGCUCUUGCUUGUCAUUUCGCCUUUGCCUCCCCUUUCUUUUCUUUCUCUUUCUGCCAACCAUGUCCGACAAGAUUUCCUUUGCACAUUCCGACAUCACCGCUCCCACCCCGCAGAAUACGCCUUUGACGCACGCGCCCAUCGCUGCCGGCCUCUCGCGCCCCACCGUUCCCGACAUCAGCGAAGAUAAUGAGCCUGAGGAAGAGGACGCCAACUCGGCCAUGCAGCAUGCUAUGCUCGGCAUGGUUCAGGGAAAACUAGCAGGGCUGCUCGGAAAGAGUUCGGGCUACGUCGAGAACCUGCCCGUCGAGGUCAAAAAGAGCGUCGAGGCGCUCAAGGGGGUGCAGGUGAAGCAGGUUGAGCUGCAGAACCAGUACAAGCGCGAGUGUCUCGCGCUCGAGAAGAAGUAUCUCGAGCUUCAGACCCCGCUUUACGAUCGCCGACAUGCAAUCAUUACGGGUAAGGCGCAACCUACGCCUGAGGAGAUCGAGGCCGGCGAAAAGGAGUCGCUCAAGGACGAUCCGGACCACACUCCGUUGCCAAAAGACACCCCUGCGUCUGGGAUCCCCGAAUUCUGGCUCACUGCACUCAGGAACCAUGUUGCCCUGUCAGAGUUGAUCACGGAUAGGGAUGCUGUUGCGCUCAAGCACCUCGCUGACAUCCGCCUGUCAUACUUACCUCCUACCGACCCCAAACCCGGCUUCAAGCUCUCUUUUGUAUUCACUCCGAACGAGUUUUUCGAGAACGAAGUGCUCGAGAAGACGUAUCUAUAUCAGGAGGAGGUGGGCUACUCAGGUGACUUCAUGUAUGACCGUGCGAUUGGCACGGACAUUAAGUGGAAGGAGGAUAAGGAUUUGACAAAAGAGUUCGAGAUCAAGAAGCAGAGGAACAAGAAUACAAAUCGGACACGUCUGGUUCGCAAGGCACGUCCAACAGAUUCAUUCUUCAACUUCUUCAACCCGCCACAGCCGCCGGAUGAGAACGAGGAGGAGGUCGAUGAAGAGGAGCUUGACGAGCUCGAGGAGAAACUCGAGAUCGAUUAUCAGAUCGGCGAGGACAUUAAAGAGAAGAUCAUUCCCCGUGCGAUUGACUUCUUCACGGGCAAGGCGCUAGAGUACGAGGACCUCGAUGAGGAUGAGGAUGAUUUUGAGGACAUCGAGGAUGACGACGACGAUGAGGAUCGCUUCGAGGCCGAGGAGGAUUCCGACUCGGAUGCGGACGUACCCGCGAGGAGGCGUGCUCCGCCCAAGGGCCGUGGGGCCGCAGGCGCGAACAACAACGUCAACCCGGAGGAGUGCAAGCAGCAGUGAUUUCUCCGUCCUUAGCUGAGAUGUUGCUGUUCGUCAGUUACAGUGAGCCUGGUCUUCGCCAGCGUAAUCAUCCGUUGCCUUUCCUGCAAUGCUCAUGUCCCAAUCAUGGUUCCAUUCCUGUCCUCAUUCUUCCUUUGUUCUCGUACGAACUCAUGUACCUCUGAAACGGUGCUGUUCUUAUAUUUGCUCGUGAAUCC